GUUGAGAAUUUGCUGCAGCACAAGCCCGAGGGAGAUUCCAUAUUCGAGACAUGCCACAGGCUGCUGCAGACAGUGCUAAACCAAACCCAUCCCAAUGGCCAUCCGGCGUGUUAAAGGGAUUCGAGGAGCCGAAGAUGCAUGGAAGAAGAGUUCAUGGCCCUCUGCCAGGAUUCGCAAGUGAAGCUCAAGCAGCUCUUCAAGUGGGAUGAGUUUGACUCAAUAAUCGAGGAGCUCGAUAACUGGAUGAAGAAUGUCGAAGCUGUGGUAAAGAAUCAAAGCCUAAAGAGCACUGCCGAAGCUAAGAACGCCCAUCUGAAGCAGCUACAAGAUAGUGCCAAGGACAUUGAACGUCGUGGCGUAGCCAUAAAUCAACUCAUGGAUCAGGGACGGGAAAUCGAAGGAGAAACCGAUCUGAAUUUGAAACUUUCCCGUCUAAAUACACGCUAUCAGACACUGAAGAAUCUGUGCAAGGAAUCGAUUGCCAAGUACAUCAACUACGUCAAGGAUCACGACAGCUUUGACGCCGACUACGAUCAAUUUAAGCAGGACUUGCAAAACUGCGCCAACGAGCUGGCGAAGACAAAUGAAAUUGUUGGCGAUCAGAGCGUACUGCAAGAGCAGCAAAACAAAUUGCGUGAGAUGUCGGACAAGCGCAUUGUAGACUCCACUGUCUUCGAGAGUCUGAUUGAUCGCGGCGAGAAGCUCUACGGCCACACAAGUCCAGAGGGUCGUGAGAUAAUACGUCAACAGCUGCGCUCCCUGCGCACCCUGUGGGACAACUAUACGGACGAUCUGAACUCGGCUACGCAUAAGAUCGAUCAGUGUCUGCUGCAAUUCAAUGAGUUUACCAUAGCUCAAGAUCAGCUGACCAAGUGGCUCAAGGAUGUGGACAAGGCCAUGCAGAGCCACACGGAACCGAAAACCACGCUCCAAGAGAAACGCGCUCAGUUGCAGAACCACAAGCUGUUGCAUCAGGAGAUCACCACGCAUAAUGUGCUCGUGGAUAACGUCUGUGACAAGGCGCAAAUCCUAGUCGAUCAAAUCAAGGACAACUCGUUGAACAUUUAUCUGCAGUCAAUCAAGCAACUCUUCCAGAAUAUUGUGCAAAAGUCCGACGAAAUACUGCAGAAUCUGGAGAGCUGCGUGCAGAAGCACAGCGAGCUAAAUAAUGCCUUGAGUUCGGCCAAGACUUGGAUCUCGAAUGAGAAGGCCAAACUGCUCGAGUGCGACGAUUCCUACGGUGAAAAGGCCGAUAUAAAGCGUAAGAUUGAAACGCUGGGACAAUUGGCAAACAAAGCGCAGGCCGUGAAUCUAGUAAGCGAAAUUCGUGCACAGUUCGAGACGGUUAAGCCCCGCUACCUCGGAGAAGGGUUUGAAGUGCUCGAGAAGGAAAUCGAUGAGCUGGAGACAACAAUGAAAAGUCACUUUGAUGACAUCGAAGGCAUCGAAGGCAAGCAAAGGAGUACUCUCGGUGGGGAUAAAUUUGAGCGUAAUCUGGAAGAGCUCACUAAAUGGUGUCGCAAUGCGGAGGCUGUCUUCCGUGAGCAACAGCUGAAGUCAACGCUGCAUGAGAAGGUCGAGCAAAUGGACAAAUAUAAAAUACAGCGAGAGCUCAUACUGCAAAAGGAGAAGGAAAUCGAUGCCUUUGGCGAUACGGCGCACGCUUUGCUCAACAACUGCGGUGCAGAUCGCCUCAAGACGUUGACAACACAAAUCACAAAUCGUUAUCAACUGCUGCAGGUGUUGAGCAAAGAGGUGGUCAAUCGUUGGUCCAAUCUGGUUGACGAACAUCAGUUCUACCAGGACAAAUACACCGAGGUGGACCUGUGGCUGAAGCCGAUCGACGAGCUGGAAAAAGCACUCAAGGACGAACCCACACAGAGCUCGAAUAUACUGCCCGUUUUGCUUUCCGAGAGGGAGCAGGCCGAGAGCUUAUUUGGAGCAUUGAAUGCUGCUGGCGAAAAGGCUCUGCCAGAGACAUCCACCCAGGGCAGAGAGAAGAUUCGCAAGGACUUGCGUGACAUACGCGAUCGUUGGGAUAAACUCGACGAAGGCAUUCGUAAUUUGGAGAAGCGUCAAGAGGCACAGUCCGUACAGCUAUCCAGCUAUCAAGAUAUACUAAGUCAAACGCUCAACUGGCUGGAUCAAGUGGAAAAGUUACUGCACAAUGAAAGCCCUGCCACCUGGACCAGUGCACAGGAAAUUCGUUCCAAACUCUACAAAUACAAGGCGACAAAUCAGGACAUCAAUUCGCACAAGCGCAUUGUGGAGGCUGUCAAUGAGAAGGCAGCAGCGCUACUGAGCAGCGCCGCCCCAGCCAAUGCUGAUGAGAUCGCCAAGUCUGUGACUGACAUUAAUAAGCGGUAUGAACAGGUUGGACAGGAUUGUGCGAAGCUAGUUGCCGAUCUCGAUGCCGCAUUCGAGGUGUAUCAGCAGUUCAGUGAGCUGCAGAAGGCACAGCAGGAUUAUCAGAAGAACCUAUGGGAUCGGUUGACCGGCUACUCUGACUAUUCGGGCAACAAGGCCGCGCUGCAGGCACGUCUACAGAAGAUCAAUGAAGUCCAGGAUGCACUGCCCGAGGGCGUUGCCAAGCUGAAAGCACUGGAGGAACACAUUGAGCAGCAUGCUGGCGGCAUACCAGCCCGUUCAAAGGAGGCAAUGACCCGUGACUUGGCCAAUUUGCAUGCCGAUUUCGAAAAGUUCGGUGGUUCGCUGAGCGAUGUGAAGAGCGGACUGGAGAAUCGUUUGCAGCAAUGGAAUGACUAUGAAGUCGAUUUGGAUCGCUUGAUUAAUUGGCUGGGCGAAGCUGAGAAUACGCUCAAGAACUACAAUCUGAAGAAUUCGUUUGAGGAAAAGGAAGAGCAGCUGAAUCGCUUCCAGUCAAUGACUCAGACUCUGCGCCAGAACGAAGCGGACUUCGAGAAAAUGAAGGACGACACCUCCGAGUUGGUGCAGAGCUCGGGCGAAACUCGAAUUGCUGUCAACGUGCAACAAGUGUCAUCACGUUUCCAGUCCAUACAAGCAACUGCCAAGGAAAUACUCAAGAAAUGCGAGCAAGCUGUUCAGGAUCAUGGCCAUUUCAACGAGAAGUACAAGCAAUGCGCCGAUUUGUUGGCCAACGCCCAGGCGCGCUACGAUGACUGCAGCGACCUGUCGACGGUGGCAUCGCGCGAUGAUCUGCUAAAGAAACAGCUGAUCAUACAGGAAUUGCUGGCACAACAGCCAACGGCCACUCAGCUGCUGAAUAGCACCGUCGAGCUGGGUGAGAAGUGUUAUAGCUCAACGGCUACGGAGGGACGUGAGGCCAUACGCAGCCAACUGAACGAUCUGACCUUUGAUCAGCUGUUUGACAAUAUUGCCAGCUCUGCUCGUAAGAUACAGGAUAAGAUUGCCAAGUGGUCUGGCUUCGAUGAGACUGCUGACAAUCUCAAGAGCUGGCUAGACAGCGUGGAGCAUGAAUUGCCAGCGGAUAUUGAGCUGAAGACCACGCUGGAUGAGAAGCGCAAUAAGCUGCAGGCCUAUCGCGAUGUGCUCAAUGAUAUAUCAAAUCAUCAGGUGGAAGUUGGCAAUCUGCAGGAGAUUGCAGCCAAUUUGCCAGAAAAAACUGAGCAUGUGGAUCAGAUCCUUAAGGAUAUCACAGAUCGUUUUGGUAAACUGCAAAAGCGCGCCCAAGGCUAUGUGGAGCGGUACGAGGGCAUUGUUAGUGCUCAUCAGCAAUACUCGAAGGCUGUCAUGGAUGCGCAGGAGUUCAUUGAUGCCACGCUGAAUACUGUGCACUACUGGGGCGAUCUUGAUUUGGAGCAAACCUCUCUGCAUACCAAUCUAGAUCGUCUGAAGAACUUGAAGGCCAGCCUGGCCGACGAGUUUCCACGCGUGGAUCAAGUGCGUGCACUGGGCGAGAAGGUGAUACCCGGCACCGUUGAUGUGGGUCAAGUGAAUAUCAAGUCCCAGAUCGAUACAACACAACAGGAAUGGGAAGGUCUACUGGCAGCCAUCAGUUCAACCAUCGAAGCCAUCGAAGCACGCCUGCAGCAGUGGUCCGAAUAUGAGCAACUGCGCGAUCAGUGCUUGGCCUGGAUACGUGACACCGACAAUGAAUUGCAUGCCAUUUUUCUUAAGGAGGAUCUGCCCAAGAAGCGUGCCCAAUUGGAUACGUUGAAGGCACUGCAAGGUGAUGUGCGCGCCAAGGAAUUGGAAGUUGAUAAUGUUACGGAGAAAGCGCAAACAUUGCUGAAGGGACCCAGCACAACGCGUUCGUCUGGCCCCGAAUUGGUAACCAAAUAUCAGCAAAUCUUCCACAAGGUCAAGGACUUGAAUAAUCGCUGGCAGCAGUACGUUAGCUCGCACGAGGACUUCGAUAACGCCAUCAGCGAGUGUGCAUCCUGGAUAAAUGGCAUUAAGGAGAAAUUGGACUACUGCUCGGACAUGUCAUCGAUGAGCCAAAAGGAACUGGAUAAGAAAUUGGCCACCAUACAGGAUGUGAUUCUGCUCAAGGACGAGGGCUCUGCGCGCGUGCUUAAGAUCUUAGAGCAGGCUCAACACGUGCUGGCAAACACAGCGCCCAAUGGCCACGAAGCCAUUAACAAGGAGCUCUCCGAGUUGCAAGAUCUUUGGUCCGGCAUUGCUCUGCGUAUUAUGGAUGUCAAGGCGAAUCUGGAUGAUUCCAUAACGCAAUGGUCUGGUUUCCUGGAUCAAGUGCAAAACGUGCGCAAGUUCAAUGAAUGGCUGGAUGCCUUGCUAAAGGAAUUGGGUGAGCAUCAGACGACAAUGACUGAGAAACGUGCACAGCUGGAUCGCGUCAAGUCCACGGAGGAGAAAGUGCGCGUGGAGAAAAUCGAUGUGGAUUCGCUGAAGAUUCAGGCUAAGGAAAUGAUUGCCAGCGGCCAACAGAGUCAAGCGGCGUUCCAGGCACAGAAAGUGCUCGACACGUUCGAUGAACUGUUUGCCAAGACACAGAAAUUGCUGUCGGAUCGUCAGGAUCAGUACAGAGAUCAUCGUCUAUUCAAGGAAGCCUACGACGAUCUAGUCAGCUGGAUAAGUCGCGCUCGUGAGAAAUUCCCAGCACUGAAGCAGAGUAGCCUCAGCGAUAAGCUGGCCAUUGAGAAUGCCGUGCAAGCCACCGAAGCUCUGCUCAACAAACAGGCGCAGGGCGAACUUCUGGUUGAGCAUUUGGUGCACACUGGCGAGGUGGUGCUGGCAAGUACAUCGACGCAGGGCCAAGAGAUCAUACGCAAUGAUAUACGCGCACUACGUGAUAGCUUCGAAAGUUUGUUCCGCGAGAUCAAUCAGCAGAAGGAGAACUUGGAAGUUACCAUGGUGCAAUGGCGCGCAUAUAAAGAGGAGUAUGAACGUCUCAUGGAGUGGCUACAACAGAUUGAUAUACUUGUCAAGAACCAUAAGCUAAACCUGUGUCCCAAUCUGCCCGACAAGGAGAAACAGGUGGCCGAUAUGCGUGAGGUAAUGUCUCGCCUGGAAAAGGGCAAGGACGACAUUGAUAAAUUUAAUGCCUCCGCUGCGGGUCUACUCAAAUCGCAUCUGGAUAGCUAUGUGAACAAUCAGCUCAGACACUUGGGCUCCAUGUAUCAGGUACAGGUUAACCUGGCCAAGGAUGUGCUGAAGAAGGUCGAAACCAAUCGCGAUCAGCAUCGCGAAUACGAUGCCAACAUGAAGUCGGCCAGGGAUUGGAUUUCGAAUGCCAAGCAAACGAUUCAAUCGGCUGGCGAUGGCGCUGGCUCCAAGGAGGCGCUGCAACGUCGCCUCGAGCAAAUACAGGACUUAAUACGCAAUCGCGAAUUUGGUCAGAAUCUGGUGCACACAGCCAUCAAUAAUGGUGAGAAGAUCAUACGGAAUACGCGCUCGGAUGGACGCGAUGCCAUUAACAGUGAAAUGAAGGAGUUGCAAACCGAUUGGGAUCGAUUGGUCAAGAAAAUGUCCACAGCCAAGGUGCAGCUGGAGACAAAUCUCUUGCAAUGGGCUGACUACAGCUCCAGCUAUACGCAGUUGCAGCAAUGGAUUACCGACAGAGAGGCCAAGCUGCAACAGGCGUGCGAGCAGAAGAUCAUCAAAUCCCAGCGUGGACAACCCGGUCUCAGCAGUGGCCUGAGCGAACGCAAGGCUAAUUUGCGCCAAACGAACAACAUUGUCCAGGACAUUGUCUCAUUUGAGCCCAUGAUACAAUCGGUGACCUCGAAGGCCUCCGACUUGCAGCAGGGUGCACCGGCUACGGAAAUUUCCGAUAAGUACGAAAAUCUGACCAAGCAGGCCAAGGAUCUGUAUGCCAAACAGAAGAACACCAUCGAUAGCUACCAGGCGCUGAUCGAUGCUGGCAACGACUUUGCCACCUGGCUGCGAAAUGCCAAGGAGAGACUGAGCAAGUGCUCUGAGCCAACGGGCGAUAAGCAAGCGUUGGCUGAGAAGACGCAUCAGCUCAAGAUACUGCAAGGUGAAGUUCCCGAGGGCUCAGCGAAGCUACAAAAUGCUUUGGCCCAGGGCGAGAUCGCUUGUCGCACAGCAGAGCCCGAGGAUUGCGCGAUCAUUGAACAGGAAGUCGCUCUCCUACAGGAGGAGUUCGAUGUCUAUGUGGACGCGCUCGACAAGGCCAAGGUUUACCUGGAGGUCGGCAUCGUCAAGUGGUCUGACUACCAAGAUCAGUACACCGAGGCGCUCGAAUGGUUGACCCAGACUGAGGCGCAGGUGCAGUCCUACAACAAGCUGCAGGACAGCCUGACCCAAAAGAAGGUGGUGCUGGAGCAGUUCCAAGGACUACUGCAAACCCUGUUCGAUUGGCAAAAGACACUGGACAAUUUGAACAUGAAGGCCCAAGUUCUGCUCGAGACCUGCUCCGAUACACGCAUCAGCAAUGGCAUUAUGCAGUUGACCACCAAAUACAACGCGCUGCUCACAUUGGCCAAGGAGGUAAUGCGACGCCUGGAGCUGCACUACCAGGAACAUCAGCAGCAUCACACACUGUACGAGGAAUGCCAGUCGUGGAUCGAAAACACACGCGAAAAGCUGGCUGAGUGCGAACAAAUACCCGGCACGCUGAACGAGGUGCAAAUCAAAUUGAAUACGGUUAAGAACUUGCGACAGGGCUUCGAAACGGGACAGAACAAGCUGCGCUAUUUGCUGGAGCUGAAGGAGAAGGUUAUUAUGAAUACCGAACAGAAUGGCGCUGCCAAGAUUCAAGAGGAUACCGAAUCACUCAAGCAGGACUUCGAUAAGCUGCUUGUCGAUCUGAACGAUGUGCGCCAGAAAUUGGCGAAUCGCUUGUCCCAGCUGGAGGAGAUCUUCAAGCUGUACAAGAUACUGCUUGAGUGGCUGGAGGACAUUGAGCCCAGUGUCAAAGCCAGCGACGAGUAUCUGAAUGACUUGAGCGAAAAGCGCGCUGCUCUGGAGAAAUUCCGUGUCACCCAGCGCGACAUCAACGGACACAACGAUAUUGUGGAGAAGAUCAAUGUGCGUCUGCGCGAGGACAAUAGCUUGGACAAGAACGAUUUCGCAGCGGGUCUGAGCAAAUUCGAUGCGCUGCAAGCGCAAGUCAACAAGAUCAUCGAGUCGCUGGAGAACCAGGUGAACAAUCACGACAAAUACAAGCAGGCCUACAAUGAGCUGCAAGAUUGGCUGCGUCGCACACGCAUCGAGGUGGAGCAGUGCGCCGAUUGCCAUGGCGAAAAGGAUCAGGUGGAGGAGCGCUUGAAUCGCCUGGGUGAUAUACAGGCAACCUCCAUGGAGGGCAAAUCGCUGCUCGAUGCUUGCGAAGAGCUCAGCCAGGCGGUCAUAGCCACCAGCGGCAGCGAGGGUCAAGACAAUGUGGCCCAGGAGAUCAAGCAUCUGAAUGGCGAAUGGGAAACACUUCAAGCUCUAUCGCGAGAUGCGCGCAGCGGCCUGGAGACCUGUCUGGCUGCUUGGGAGACAUUCCUGCAAAAGUUCAACAAAAUCAAUCUGUGGAUUGUUACGAUGAGCAAGCGCGUUGCCAAAUCACAGGAAGCCGAUAAUAAAACCACCGAAGAUUUGGUCAAUGCCAAGAAACUGCUGGAUGAGGUGCUGGCCGAACGUGAAAAUGUCGAGGAUCUGAAUGACAACUGUGAGCUGCUCAUGGAGCAAAGCGCCUGCACGCGCAUACGUGACCAGACCAUUGAGACGCAGGCCAAUUAUACCAAAUUGCUAACCGCGGCUCAGGGUCUGGUGGCCAAGGUCGAAAAGAAUCUGUCCGAUCACACCGAGUUCCUCAACUACAAGAACGAAAUGGAUGCCUGGAUUGAGAAGGCCCAGCAGGUGCUCAACGACUGCAGCCUCGAUGGUGAUGCCGCGAUCAUUGCGCAAAAGUUGGAGACUGUCAAUUCAUUGGCCUCGCAUUUGCCAGAGGGCCAACACUUGCUGGCCAUGGUGCAGGAUGCCUACUCGAAGGCCUCGAAUAUAACGCCCGGGGACAAGCAGGAGAAGCUGCGUGACCUGAUGACCAAGGUGCGUGAGGACUGGGAUGCUCUGGGCCUGGCUGUCAAGCAGAAGCUAAGUGACCUGAAGCAGGCCCAAAAUCGCUGGAAUGAUUUUGCAGCCAAUAAGGAGAGGCUCGACAAAUGGCUAAUCGAAACCGAGAAGACGCUGAAGAUAGCGCCCGAAACGAAGGGCGAGCUGAGCGAGAUGAAAACUCUGCUCGAGCGCUACAAGACGCUGGGCAAUGAGCUCAAGCAGAAGGGCAACGAUCUCGAGCAGCUGGUGUCGGAGGCACGUGAUCUGGGCACCGAGUUGGAUGCGGUCAAUCGUUUGCAGUCGCGUUGCGAUAAGCUGAAGAACGAUUGCGCCGGCUACAUUCGAGAUCUGGAACAGGAGAUGCUCGACUACAAUGGAUAUCAUCAGAGCCUGCAGGAUGUAGAGAAAUGGCUGCUGCAAAUCUCCUUCCAGCUGAUGGCGCACAAUUCGCUCUUCAUUUCGAAUCGCGAACAAACGCAAGAGCAGAUCAAACAGCACGAGGCGCUGCUGGGCGAGAUACAAAAGUAUCAGACCAAUUUGGAUGACCUGAACGCCAAGGGUCAGGCUCAAAUCAAACGCUAUGAGCCAACAACGCCAGCCAUACGUCCGACUGUCGAGUCCCAGCUGAAGAACAUACAGGACAGCUACAACUCGCUGCUGCAGACCUCGGUGCAAAUCAAGAAUCGUCUGCUCGAAUCGCUGGCCAAGUUCCAGGAGUACGAGGAUACGCUGGACAAUAUCAUGCGCAAUCUGGAGGCCUACGAGCCCAUCAUACAAACCGAACUGGACGAGCCAGCCACUAGCCUGGAACUGGCGCAGAACCAGCUCAAGUGCGCUCAGGAUAUGCAAAAUAAACUGAACAAUGAGAAAUCCAGGCUGGCAGCUGCCGUUCAGGCCUGCGAGGCAGCCACAGCAUCCAUCAGCCGGCCCAGCUCUCCCUUGGAGACAGCUAUGCAUGCCAUACCCGAACGUGAACUGAUGGUGCGCGCCAAGCUCGAAGAUCUGCUGGAUCAGCCGCCGCCAAAGACUCGGAGCUCAACCGACGAUGACAACGAUCUCGACGUUGAGCUCAGCGAUGUGAAUGAGGCGCUGUCGGAUCCCAUUGCUUACGAGCGUAUUCAAAACUAUUGUCGCAUAGUACGGCUGAAUAGCGCACACGUGAGCAAGCUGAAUGCACUCGUCGCUAAGGUGCAAUCCCACUUGGGUGGUCUGACUGCAUCCGUUAGCGAACUGGAGCAACAGCAGAAGCAGCGCGCCGAGCUGCAGGACUGGGUCAAGAGGCAGCAGAGCUCUGUCUCCGAUUGGCUAAUGCGUCCAUGCAAGCUGCGUCCAGAUGCCGCGCAACAGGAGCUGGUCUCGAUGAACGAUCUAUUGAACUCCAUUGGAGACAAGCGCUCACAGCUGAUGCUCGAGAUGACAGGAUCAUUAGGCGAUGAGGACACGGAUCUGGAUGAUAACAUUGACAAGCUCGAAUCGGAGCUGAUGGAUGCCAUUGCCAAGAAGCAGGCGGGCCAGAGUAUCAUCGACGGCUAUCGCCAGGGCAUGCAGGAUGUGCAGAACUGGUUCGAUACGUUGAUUAAGCGCAUGGAUGUGCUGGAUCGCGGUUCCGGUCUCAAUUGUGCCCAGAAAAUGGCCGCCAUCAAUGAGAUUAAGAACGAAUACGAGCUGCAGGGUCAUCCGAAGAUACAAGAGCUGAAGGGCAAGGCCGCGCAGGUGGCUGAGGUCAUUAGCAAUCUGGAUGGGCAGCAGGUGGAGGAGCAAAUGAAAUCGUUGGAUCGUCGUUUCGCCGAUCUGGGCAAGCGCAUCGAUCGCAAGGCACAGCUGCUCGAUGUCACCAAUAAGGGCGUGGAUGGGGCCAAGGGCGAAAUCGAUCAACUGCAGCAAUGGGUGAAGCAGCAAAUCGACGAGCUGCAGGCGCCAGCUGCUCUGGGCUUUUCGCCCAAGGAUGCGGAGGCGCGCCAGCAGAAGAUCAAGAGCCUGAUGAAGGAUGCCGAGGCAAAGCAAUCGCUGGCGGAUGUCCUCGAAAAGCGCAUAGCCAACAUGCAGCCCGAAUUGGAGUCUGCUGAGUAUGCCCAACUGGAGUCGGCCUUGCGUAAUCUGAAUAGCGAAAAUCGCAAUUUGGCUGGCGUUCUGAAGGCCGAGCUGGAUCGUGCGCUGGAGGCGAGCAAGGCGCGUAAGGCACUGGAGAAUGAUCUGGACAAGGCGCGUCAAUGGCUGAAGGCCAAAAUCUCUGAGGUGCGCAAGCUGCCCGUCUAUCAUCCACUGACCUCCGCUGAGAUUGAGAAGAAGAUACAGGAGAACAGGAAAUACGAUGAUGACGCCAAGCAAUUCAAUGACAGCGUCCUCAGUGAUGUCCAGCGUCAAGCUGCCAACAUCAUGAAGGACUGCGGCGAGCCAGACAAGGCCGCGCUGCAGCACAUUCUGGAUGAAAUUGCCGCCGACUAUCAGACGCUCAAGGAUGAGAGCGGCAAGCGCGGCAAGUCCUUGGACGAUCUACUGCAGGGACGCAAAGCCUUCGAGGAUUCAAUGAAAAAGAUGGGCGACUGGCUAAACGAAAUGGAAACAGCCACCGAAAGUGAACUGCGCACCACGAGCCUACCCGUGCUCGAGGAGCAGCUGGCCCACUACAAGAAGCUACUGCAGAAUGCCGACAACAUGGGCGGCGUCAUCAACGAUGUGUCCGAGCAGGGCAAGAGCAUAUUGCCGACGCUCAGCAAUGCGGACAAGCUAAAGCUGAACGACGACAUCAAGAACAUGAAGGAUCGUUAUGGUCGUAUCAAGCAGACAAUUGACGAUCGUGUCAAUACGUUGGGCGAUCACAUCAAGAAGUACAAGGAUGCCAAGAACCGGUUGGCCGAUUGCAGUCAGUUCCUGGCUACCAUACAGCAGCGCAUGCGAGAGCUCAAUCGACCGAUUGGCUCCAGGAUUGAGGAUGUGCAGGAUCUGCUGGGCGCCUACGAGGGCAUACUGAAGGAGCUCAAGGAUAGCAAGCACAAAAUGGGCGACAUGCAAAUGGACGACUUGCCCGAGCUGCAGAGCAUCCUGGCGCAGCAGGACGAUAUGAUUAAACUGAUUGAGGAUCAGUUGGCGCAUCUGCGUCAGCUGUUGAUGCUGCGCGAGCAGUUCAUAGCUCUAAUCAACGAGAUCAUUGCCUUCAUUAUGAAGUACACCGAUGUCAUCAUCGACAUCGAGAACUCACCGGACAGCCUCGAGGACAAGAUCAACAAAUACGACAAUGUCAUCGUCAAGAUACAGGAGUGCGAGGGACUGCUGGCCUCGGCCAACGACAAGGGUCAGAAGAUCGCCUCCGAGGGCAAUGCGGCCGAUAAGAACAGCAUCACAGAGCAGCUGCAAUCCCUGAAGAAUCAAUUGCAGAAUCUGCGCAAGGCUGUCGAAUCGCAGCGCCAGAAGCAUCAGCUGCAGCUCGAGUCCCACAAAAAGAUGGCCGCCGAGCUGAGCGAGAUACUCGACUGGCUGCACAAUAAUGAAGGCGUUGCCAAGUCGCGACCCCUGCUCGACCGUGAUCCCGAGUCGGUGGAACGUGAACUGCAGAAGCAUCAAGCACUCAGCAAGGACAUUGAAUCGCAAUUGCAGAAGUUCAAUAAAAUCAAUGACAGCGUCAAGACGGACGUGGGCAUGCCCAGCUCUCUGCUAGAGAUGCUCUCCGAGGGUCGUUCACUGGUCGCCUCGCUGCCGCAUGAGCUCGAGGAGCGCGAGAAGUAUUUGAAGAACAAUCGCGACUCGCGUCUGGAGUACAUGCAGCUGGUGGCCAAGUUCAAUGAUUGGGUGCACGAGGCCGAGCUGCGUUUGCAGAACAGCCAGCAUGGCAUCGACUACGAGCAUCUCGUGCACGAUCUCGAGGAGCACAAGAUCUUCUUUGGCAACGAGGCGCCCAUACGCAAUCUGGUGCACAAGCAAAUCCAGGAGGCAUCCGACAAGAUUUGGUCCUCGCUCAACAGCUACGAGCAAUCCGAGCUGUCGGCCGAGCUGACACAGUUCCAGACCAAGCUGGCCAAUACCUUGGCCAAUGCCAAGACCCAGCAAAGCGAACUGGAAAGAGAGGCGGAACGCUGGCGUGAAUACCAACAAUCCAUCGAUCGCGUCAAGGCCACCAUUGAGCGUACCAAAUUUAGCGAUGAGCCCGUCCAGAAUUUGGCCGGAUUGCACUUUAAUAUUCAGAAGCUGUCGCAUGCCAUUGGAAAUGUACAGAGCCAAAACAGCGACCUCUCGCUAGUGAAUCAGCAAGCGCAAUCUCUUAUACGGCAAGCGGACGCCCGCAAUCGCCAGUUGAUUGAGCAGCAGAACUCAGGGCUAAAUCGUGAUUGGCAGGACCUGGUGCAUAGCCUGGAGCAGAGAAAGGAUAAGCUGCAACAGUUGGCCGAGCAUUGGGAUAGCUUUGAGAACGGUCUGCACGGCUGGGAGAAGGCAUUAGGUCGCUUGGAGGAUAAGUUCCGCAAUGUCGACCCAACUGUAAGGUCGCGACGUCAUUUGGAAGAUACAAAGAAUGCCAUUCAGGAACUGCGUGAAGAAUCAAAUGAACUUAAAUCAUCACAUAAAGAAAUCGAAACGCUCUCAAAAUCCAUCCUCACAUUCCUUGGGGAAGUACACAAACCCUCGGCGGAGGCCAUACAGGCCAAAGUGGAUAAGUUAGUUGAACAGCAAGCAAAAUUGAACGAUACGCUACGCGAUAAGGACCAACAGGUUAGCAGGGAUCUCGAGGAGAUCGAGCAAGUGUUCCGCCGCAUCUCACAGCUGCAGGACAAAUUGAACGCACUACACGAACAGCUUCAGUCCGUGCACGUCUACGACGAGCAUAUCGUCCAAACGGAACAGGCCCUCAUCAAACUCAAUAGCCAGGUGCAACAGGCCGGCGAGGAGAGUCGCGCGCUUGUCGCGCAAACCCAAGCGCUCUAUCAAAACAAACAGAAUCAAUUGCCCAGUGAUAUUGCCCAGGAGUUUACCGCACUUGAACUGCUAGCGGAACGCGUGCAGGUAACUAUGGAGACCAAAGAGAAGGAUUUCAAGCGCGCCAAGACCGUACGCACGGACUAUUUGGCCGGCGUCGAUGAGAUUCAGCGCUGGCUGCUGCAGGCCGAGGUGCAGGUGCAGGAGCGCACACUGGAGCCGACACAGAUGAAGGAGCUGCUGCAGCGCAUCAAUCACGAAAUCGGUGCCAUCUAUGAACGCUUCACCCUGGUCAAGACCAAUGGCCAGCUGAUCAUUGAGAAUUGUCGCAACAGCGAGGAGAAGACGCUGGUGCAAUCGACCAUUGAUCAGUUGGCGGCACAGCUGGCGCAGGUGCGCGGCUGGCUGGAUGAGAAGAAGCAGGCCGUCGGCGACAGUCUGGAUGCCUGGACGCGUUUCAUGAAUCUGUACCAGAUUGUCAUGUCCUGGGUGGCUGAUAAGCGUACCUUCAUUGAUCAAACGAUCGAGCUGCGCACACUGCCCGAGGCGCGAUCCAAGCUGAAUGACUAUGUGACGGCUGUGAAGAGUAUUAAACCGAUUGUGAAGCAUUUGAGCGAAAUGGACAAGGAACUGGAGCACAUUGGUCAAGUGACAACCGUGGGCGAUCUCAAGGACAAACUGCAGCAGGCCGAGGAUGCGAAGAUAGCCGUGGAAGCAGUGCUGCUGGAGAGGAACUCGCUGCUGCAGGAGGCCUGCGAAGAGUGGGAUCAAUGUGAGCGCAAGAUCAAGGACAUACGUGCCUGGCACGAGAAGACCAAACAGACCUUGGACUCAUCGCCACAGCAAAAGAAGCCGCUGCGCGAUCAGCUGGGCUACUGUGAAAAGACUCUGGCCGACAUAAAUGUGCAAAAAACUAAACUGAGAUUGUCUAUUGAAAAACUGGAGGUACACUUCCGCAAUGGCAUGGGCGGUGAUCCACGCCUUAGCGAAAAUGUUGACGAUUUGGUGCGCGUGCUCGACGGUCUCGGUGAACUGGUGAAGACCAAGUCACAGAGUCUCGAGCAGACGCUGGCCCAAAUCGAUGUCUAUCAACAGCAAAUGCAAACGCUCCGGCAGCGUAUUAUACAGGAGGAGCAGCAGCUGCGUCUGGUCAUGGCGCCCACGUACUUGCCGCACGAUCGUGAGCGCGCAUUAGCCGAGCAACAGGCAAUGCGAGAAUCAAUCGAUGGCAUGCAGCAAAGCUACGACGCAACCGCCGCCCAAUCCUAUGCUCUGGAUCCACAUUCAGUGGUAACCACUUCAUCGACUGUCUCGUUGCUUAUGAAGCCAACGGCAGUAGGUCUAACCUAUGCUGAAGUGUUAUUAGGACAUGCGAGUCCGGUAAGCGGUAAUGAAACGGCGACGAUCCCCCGACAAGAAAUUCAAGAAACUCCCGACACGACCACGACCCAGACAACAAUAACGACAAGUAGCCAACACCAUCAUGAACAACAACAACAACCACAGCAACAGCCACAGGCACAAACGAACCUAAACCAGCGCGAUACAAUCACAACAACGACAACAACAACAAGAACCACAUUGACAACAAACGUACGCACGCAGGAGGUUGAGGAAACGAAUUCGGAACCAUUAACCACUGUGCUCUAUCAGCGCAAACACCGUGUUACACCACCCAGCAGCAGUACUCCUAACGCCGACUAUGAAGAGACAACCAUCAGCAAUUCCCGAGUGGAAGCGUCUAGCAGCUCAUCCACAUUAGAUCAACAAGUUCCUAGCAGUAGCAGCAAUCCCAACAGUCAGUUUAUCGAAAUGGAGCGCAGUCAGCAGCGUUCGAAUGCGGGUAAGAAAUUGCAGCCAUCGCGUCCCGAACGUCGUGCACGUUCACCCCGACGCAGACGCGAACCACAAAGCACAGUGCAGGUGGAUAGCACCCAACACCAACAGCAACAGCAACAUCAGCAACAGCAGCAGCAAUACCAACAUCUCUAUCUGCCGCAAGAAGAUCGCGCGCGUUCGCGUAGCCCCAUGUGGGUGCCGGGUUCGACAUCGUAUGCCGAAGUUUUGCGUGGCAUGGAGCUGGAACGUCUAAAGGCCGAAGAGUUGGCUAGGCAAGCGGCCCAGCCGCAUACAGAUCUAACCAUACAGGAUGUGGUAGAUGCCAGUGGGGCAGCGGCAAAUAUUUAUGUGCCACAUACCAAGCCGGAACAGCAUCAGCAGUUCAUGGGCGAGACUAGUGCCGACUUGGGCUAUGGUCAACCGCAGCUAGAGCAGAAGCAUUCGCAGUUACCCGGCUAUGAAGUGCCCAUGAGUGCGGAGGAGAUUACCGCCACCUAUUUGCAACCGGAUCCACAACUCUAUCAGACCAUGUAUGAGAAUGUGGCCGACAGCGGCCAGUGGGGCUAUGUGGCGGGCUCAAACGGGGAGCAGCAGGCAGUGCCACAAAACUAUUACGAUCAAAUCAUGCAGAUGCAAUAUCCCAUACAAUACCAGCCUGUGGCUGUGCAGCCGACGACAACGCAGUACCAGCUGCUGACGGGCUAUUAUCAGCCUGUCGCGCAGGCUGAGACUUAUCCGACGGUAUAUACUACGGAAUCCUCACAAAUCUAUUAUGCCCAACAGCCGCAGGAGUACGCACAGGAGUAUAGCCAACAGCCCCAGCAGCAGCUAACGGAUGUUAAUACGGAGGUACCCGUCUAUCAGUCGGAGAUUGUAAAUCAAACUUAUCUGCUUGAGCCAUACCGAGCGGAGGCAAUUCCAACAACGACGUCUACAACAGGCAAUAGCGUGCUCGACCGUGUGGUGACAACGCUCGCAUCGAUGGUGCAACAGAGUGCCGAGCCUCUAACAACGAGCACACAGCAAAUACAGGCAACAGUUGUAUUGCCGCAAACAGCUCAUGAACAGGUGCCAGCGCCACAGCAGGUAUUUAUUGAGGAACAUGUGCAAAUGCUGCGACCAGUGGAGCCGCAAGAGUUUGAAAUGAAUGAACCACGUCCCGACAUUACUUUUGGUCAGUUUGAUGUCGAUGCUAUUGAGACCAUACCCAUUGAGGUGCCUCAGCCACAAACUCAGCAGCAACCACAACCACAACCACAACCACAACCGCAACCACAACCACAGCAAAACGUAAUUACGACAUUUGUGGAGGAGACAAUUAGCUCACAACCGAUACAGCCAACUGUGAUAGCACAAAGGAAGGACACAGAUACAGUUGUCGUUCGUCCCCAAGUGCAGCAGCCCAACAAGAAUGUCUAUCAGCAACAAGAUCCCAGUGCUGGCAGCACCUAUGCCGAAGUGCUAUUUGGCCAACAGCAUAGAUCAGCACAUCCAGUUUUCCAGCCAUCCAGUCAACAGCAACAUAUUCCAGUACGUGUCGCGGCAGCCAUGUCGCAAAUCCGCAAUGCUGAGCAUGCAACAACAACAACGACAACAACAACUACAAAGCAUACGACGUUAAGCACUACUACGUCCAAGGGCCAGCAAGGCAGGUGGACAGAAAAGUCCGAUGACACCAUUGAAGCAAGGAUACCGAGGCCUAAACGGCAGCGACAUGAACAGCAGCCGGAACCAUUGCCCAUCAAAGUGAGCAAUAGGAAAGAGCCAAAAGCUAGCAGAAAGCAUAAGUCUCCAGAGACAAAUGGCGCCUCGAUCGGCCAUGUUGAGAGUGCACCAAAGGUAGUCCUAGUCGAAGAGAUGCACAAGCCUGAGCCGAAACCAAGGAAGUCUAAGAAGAGCAAACAUCUUUCAGAGGAGUUCUCGGACAAAAAGAAUGUUGAGCCACUGCAGGAGGAAAAACAACCAGUGGAAACGACAAUCACCAGCAAGAAGACGGCUAAGCCGGUUAGUGAAAUUGUCAAGCAGAUGAGAGAUAGCAGCUACGAAGAAACUAUUGUAGAGCAAACCAAGAAGGACAAGCAGAAGCCAACGAUUGUUGUUGAAACAACGGAAAUUACUUCAAAAACAGUGGAACCAAUCGUUAAAGUAACAAAACCGGAAACAAUUGCGGCAGUUGAAGUUACGCCCACUGUUAAGGCUCCAUCAAGGAAAGACAAAAAGAAAACCAAAGCUGAAAAGGUAGAAACUGUAACUGUAUCGAAGAAGCAGGUUGAUCCUGUUAAGGAAGUCAUCAAACCACAUGAAGCAGAGCCCACAGCACCCUCGAAAUUAGAUGAGAAGAAAACGAUCACUUCGUCUUCUGCAAAGCAAGUUGAGCCGGUCGAAGAAAUAAUAAAGCCUGCAGAAACUAUUACAGUCGCACCCAUUGCUGAUCCAUCAUCGGUUACUUCUGCUUCAACCAAAAAGGAUAGGAAGAAGACAACAACUAUUGUGGAAACUACAACCACUACGACUGCUGAAAAGCUGAUUAAGCCAGUUGAAGAAAUUACUAAGCCAGCUGAAAUCGAACUUGUUGUGACAACUGUUUCAGAGCCAACUAAAAAGGUUGAACCUGUUGUAGAAACUGCAACUGCUACAGUCAAAAAGGAUAAGAAGGCAGCUAUUAUUGAGACAUCUGAGAAAAUAGUUCAACCUGUUGUUGAAGUCACUAAAUCUGUUGAAACUGUAACCGUGACGCCUGCAGCUGAACAAACUCCAGCUGUUUCUGCUCCGACUAAAAAGGAUAAAAAGAAAGCUUCGGAGAAAAAAAUUGAGCCUGUUCAAGAAAUCCCUAAAUCUGCUGAAGCUGAUCAAACGCCUGCUGUAGAAGAAAUAAUUAAAACAACUGAAACUAUAGCAGUGGUAGAGCCUGCUCCUAAAAAGGAUAAAAAGAAAUCGAAAAUUGUGGAAACAACAACUGUCACGCAGAACAUAGUGGAACCUGUCGUAGCAGUUAGCAAGCAGACGGAAAGCGCACCAAUUGUGGAAAUUACAAAUAUCAAAAUUCAGCCAGUUAUCGAAGCUGUGACAGAA